GAUAAAUAGGUAUGAAUGAAUCACCUUUCUAUUCAGGAACUUACUAAAAGUAACUUAUCUUGUUGGGCUGAGACACUGACAUGGAACAUGAAACUGGAGGAAACAUCUUCUCAUCAUCCGUACUCUCCGUUUGCAUCCUCUUAUACAAAUCAGUUGUUUAUAUAUUUGUGUUUGUUCAAUGCUGUGUCCCUGAGCGGCAUUCAAGGCAGUAGUCAACACUCCGGCCUAUUUGUGGAACAGCCAGAUGGUAACGCUAUACUGAGUCUGGGACACAGUUUGUCACCCCUGUAGCCUACCCUCCAAAUAGUAAGUGCCGUAAUGUAAUAAUAAAAGAAAGAGUACAAAUUAUUAUUUAAGGGAAGCAUACAAAGUACAAAAUAAGCUUUACAGGCUAUGUAAGUGCCUACUUCGAGUGAGUAAAAACUUUGGUCAUAUGGCUGCAUGUCUUCACAACCUGACUUUGAUAACAAACACAAUAUCUUCAGACAUAAUACAGUGAAGAUUUAUUUGUUCCACACAUACAGCCAAAUGUUAUAAUCGUAUACGUUGCUGUAUAGAGCUUUCAUAGAUCCUGUGAAGGUUUGUUAAUAACCAUGCACCUAAUUUUGGUAAAAAUGAAUUUAGAAUUGUCUAGAUUGCCGUCUCCAUGACAGCCACUCACAACAUUGAGCCCGCGAAUGGUGCCUGAUCAUCGCUCCGAAUAACCAGCCAAUCAGAGGGCCGGGUUAAAGUCACGUGGCUGUUGUCAGAGAGAGUCUGGGUCUAAAUUCUUUUGCGUGACACCACCUCCAUCGUAACCUAACCCAAGCUGAGCGACGGCGCUGGGCCACCUGUGGCCGCACGGAUUAUUUCUGAAAAGUCUUCAUCUCUUUUCUGUUUCCAACUCCAAAAUCCGUUAAAAUGUUCAAUAGUAACCGCAGGGAGUUUGAAGAGGAUCCAUUUUUUUCGGAUCCAUUGCGAGCUCACAGGGAACACAUGCGGCAGAUGAUGCGUAGCUUCUCUGAGCCAUUUGGCGGGUCUUCAGUGCCCAGCCUUAUGGAUGGGAGAAACUGUGGCCGUGACAUGAUAGAACAUCCCAGCUCAUCCCAGCCACUCAGGGACGAUCACAGGGACAUGAUGAUGAGCCCUUUCGGUAGGUUCGACAGCGUGAUGUCCAACAUGAGAAACAGGAUGGAAGAGAUGCACAGAAACUUUGAGAACAUGUCCACAGAUUCAAGCAGCCACUCAUUCAGCUCCUCGUCAGUCAUGACAUUUUCAAAGGUUGGGAAUGAGCCUCCCAAGGUCUUCCAGGCGAGCUCAUCAACACGCCGUGCCCCUGGAGGGAUUAAGGAGACGAGGCAAGCACUGAAAGACUCUGAAAGUGGUGUGGAGAAGAUGUCGAUUGGUCAUCACAUCCAGGACAGGGGACAUGUUGUGGAGAAGAAAUACAACAAGAAGACGGGAGAGAAGGAGUUCAACCAAGACUUUCAGAACUUGGAUGAAUCUGAAGCACAAACGUUUGACUCAGAGUGGCAGCAGGAAUUAUCCAAGUUCCAGCCAUCUGGUCCCAUGUCUCGUCAGGCAGAACCUCGACUCAGUGGAGUUCACAGGGCAGCUCUCACCGGUCCUGAGCAGGCCGACAGAGAUAGAUCAAAAGGAGAGGCUGAGGGUAAAAGAUGUGUGAAAUUCUCCGACUCUUCAAAGCAGUGAAACCACCUGUAUGUGUGUGUGCGCUCAUUAACGUCUUUCAGCCAUCAUAAUGUAAACUCUAGUGCUCUGUACCUACACAGACACCCAUGACCCACCCCGCUUUCUUCAAAAAGAGAUCAGAAUCAGAAGGCCCCAAAACGUAGACCUUAAGAGAUUUGAACAUGUUUAACGUCCUACAAAAAAAAUUAAAGGAACAUUAAUCUUGGAUUCAAAUAUUUGAAGUGAAAUAAACUGCAGUAUGCUUUGAGAAUGAGUGACAAGACUAUGUGAUCUAUAUAAAUUCUAGUGUUUUGUCUCCUCAGUCAUUGGUAUACCGGUGGAUGUUUUUGUGUUUAAACUGAUAAAAGUAAUUUCUUACAAAAGUGUGUAAUAAAGGUACUACUUUUCAUUACACAUGACAUUAUGAGUCAAGAGCGAUUCGAUUCUCAUCUUAUUUUCAUAAUGCAACAAGACAAAAUGUAGCAAAAUCCACUGAUGCACUCAAUGUAUAGAUCGUCUUUUCAUUGUAUUGUCUAGCACCUGAUGCUCUCCAUAUGAACUGUAUAUUGUUCUUGCUGUAAUCUUUGUAAAAAGAAACAUAUUAUUCUUCCUUUUAUAUGUUCCUGUGGUUUAUCAUUUACUGAACUCUGUGCUGCACGUUGUUUUCCUGGCAAUGACUGGAUUAUGCUCAUUCAUUCUCGCCAUGUUCUUGUACAUUUUUUUUCAAGCUUUAAAAGUCAUACGUACCAACACAGACUAUUGUAUGAAAAUAAAAAUGUGAAAAUAUG